UCACCAUUGCCCUUCUUAGUUCUCAUUGCAUCUCCUCCUGCAAGGUGGUUGAAUCUAAGCUUUGAACUUCACAUCCAUCUAAGUGGUGUGGUAGUUCGUUGUUUGGGUUCAAGGUGAAUCAAGAGGUGCUUUGAAAGAAAGGUGUUUUCAAGAGGCCAAGAGGCAAAUCGAUUUCAUUCUAGUCAAGAGAUUCUACAAUCUCUUUAGAGAAGAAAUGGCGGUCCCGUUGCUGAGCAAGAAGAUUGUGAAGAAGCGUGUGAAGAAGUUUAAGAGGCCUCAGAGCGAUCGCAAGAUCUGCGUCAAGCCAAGCUGGCGUAGACCAAAGGGUAUCGAUUCUCGUGUGAGGAGGAAGUUUAAGGGAUGCACACUAAUGCCCAACAUCGGAUAUGGGUCAGACAAGAAGACCCGGCAUUAUCUACCAAACCGCUUCAAGAAGUUUGUGGUUCACAAUACCUCUGAGUUGGAGUUGCUCAUGAUGCACAACAGGACCUACUGUGCCGAAAUCGCACACAAUGUCUCUACCAAGAAACGAAAGGAGAUUGUUGAGCGCGCCGCUCAGCUUGACAUUGUUGUCACCAACAAGCUGGCUAGGUUGCGCAGCCAAGAGGAUGAGUGAGCUAAUCCAUCAUCGGUCUGAUUUAACCACAUUUUUCCUUUUCUCUGUUUUUCUUGUUUGUGAACUGUUUUAAACUUGUAAUGGUUUUACGUUGUUGAGACAUGAUAAAAUUUUCAUAUGGUUAUUUAGCUGCGGUUUAUGAACCACAUCUUUCCAUCUUC